GUGUCGUGAAGAGUCGUGGCCGGAACAGCUGCUUUACGACUAGCUCGGCUUCCCGCAGGCGUGCAGAGCUUGCCGCGGCUGCUUUGCUGCACGUGUGGCGCUGUCGGCGGUUCGUUUGGUAGUCUCUCUUAUUGGCGUGGUGGUGCCACCGUGAAGAACGGAGUGGCAGCUUCGGCCUAGGCUCGUGAGCUCAUGGAAUCUGCAGCUGAGAAGGAAGGGACUCCAGGAGGAGGUCCCCAGAGGGUAGCGGAGGGGGCGCGGCCGAGGCCUGCGGCUGGUUGGGAGGGAGCCAGGGACUUAGAUGGGAGCCCCGAAGCUGGCAAUGGAGAGGAGAGGAACGGACUGACAGGAACUAAGUCCACAGAGGAUGCGGAGGAGAUAAAGAUGGACUUAGCUGUGGUGAAGCAGGAAGUAGUAGACUGGUCGGAUUUAGACGGUGGUGUUGCGGACAGCCAGUGGGUGAAGCAGGAGGUGGAGGGCGGGCCGGAGGUGAAGGAUGAGAAAGGCGUGUUGGAGGUGAAGCAGGAGGCGGAUAGUAGCCUGGUGGUGAAAGAAGAGGAGGUGGAUGAGCCAGAAGUGAAGGAAGAGAAGGUGAAGGAGGAGGUGACGGACUGGGAAGAAGUGAAGGAGGAGGACUUGACCAUAAAACAGGAGUUGUUUGUUGGUCAGAACGUAAAGGAAGAGCAGGUGAUGGAUGCAGCGCCUAUAAAAGAAGAGGGUUCCCUCAAGAGCGAAGCGAUGGAAGACGCGAAGGUGAAGGAAGAGCCCCAGAUGAACCCCCGAGUGGGCAGCAAAAGGAAAUUGGCUAUGUCAAGGUGUGAGACUUGUGGGACAGAAGAAGCGAAGUACAGAUGUCCACGCUGCAUGCGCUAUUCCUGCAGUUUGCCCUGUGUAAAGAAACACAAAGCUGACCUGACGUGCAAUGGAGUCCGGGAUAAGACCGCUUAUGUGUCACUGCAGCAGUUUACUGAGAUGAAUCUCCUGAGUGACUAUAGAUUUUUGGAAGACGUGGCAAGAACGGCAGACAAGGUUUCAAGAGAUGCUUUCUUGAAAAGACCAAAGCGCAAAAAAUAUCUGUUCUUUAUGAAGAAUCGUGCCCGAAAGCAAGGUAUUUACUUGAGGCUUCUACCCAAUGGAUUUAGCAAGAGAAAAGAGAAUUCAACAGUUUUUGACCAUAGGAAGCAGCAGUUUUGUUGGCAUGUCAAGCUCCAGUUUCCUCAGAGUCAAGCAGAGUACAUAGAAAAAAGAGUACCAGAUGAUAAAACUAUUAAUGAAAUUCUAAAGCCUUACAUCGAUCCUGAAGAGUCUGACCCUGUGAUUCGUCAGAGAUUGAAAGCCUACGCACAGUCACAAACUGGGGUCCAAAUUUUAAUGAGGGUCGAAAAUAUGCAACAAAAUAUGAUAAGGUAUCAUGAACUGGAUCCUUAUAAAAGCCUUUCAGACAACUUGAAGGACAAAGUGAUCAUUGAGUACCCGACUUUGCACGUGGUGUUGAGAGGAUCUAGUAAUGACAUGCAGCUACUUCAGGUGAAAAGUGAGUCUGCCCAGAAGCUUGGCAAUGGAAAUUAAGCACUGCGGAAGAAGGUGGACGUUCCCAGAGGGCUGAGAAGAUUGUGUGUUACUGGACUGCAGGGUGACUGGGUCUGUCAGUGGGUGGUGUGUUGUUUGUCUAAAAAGUAAUUAAACAGCAUAAGGUUUCUCUCGGGGAGAAAGUGCAUGUACUGCCUUUUGAGCUAAGUGACUUAUAAACCCUCUUCUUCCAUAGGGUGAGCUCCUGGUGCACCUGGCUGGUGUAGUCCCUACUAGACAUUCAGUGUGCUCAUUUCUAUAAGCUGAAAACCUGUUUUAUUUGUUAAGUUGUCACGAGACCAAACCCAAGGAUCACCUGUGUCAACCACAAAGCUGGCGCUUUCUGUGGUCUCAGCUCUCUGAAGAGAAUGCCUCACAGCAAAGCAUCUAGCUAGGGAGAAGCCGCUGUCCAGGAGUUGGCUGUCCUCUGGUUGGGCUUAUAUGCUAUACAAAGGGUUCAUGUGGAGCAGUGUUGUUGCCAGGGCCACGGGGAAGACGGGAGGCUCCAUCGCAUGGGAUGCAGAUGGAGCCAAAGGUGAAGUCUGUGUCCCUGACACGGGCAGGAAGGAAUUGAACUGAACUGUCUGGGGUUUGGGGGAAGAGGGAGAAAGUACACAGAAGGCCACGUGAUCCAAGUGUGGGGAGAGAGGGCUCUCCUCACUGAAAUCAGCACUUUCCUCGGAAGUUGAAGAAAAGUGUUGAGCUUUAUAAAACUAAACAACAAAGACAAAAAUUAUUCUGUGCUUUCGUCUGCUUCCCAGAGUUCACCUAAAUAUAACUGCCAGCCAUUUGGCUAAUAUAUAUAUUUAUUCCCAAUUUA